AGGAGUUUUUGCGCUCUCCUGUGCCAGGCGCAGGAAAGAAGAGAGGCUGUACAAAUUGCUGCUUUCUAGUCCUGAUCCUAAAUUUGGUGGCUCCAUGUGCAUUUGCUUUAAGGUUAUGUCUUGGAGCUGGUAAAGACUACAAGAAAUGAACUGCACGGAAACAGAGGAACGUGAUAUGCACUGCACAUGUGGGAACAUGCACACACGAACCUAGUUGUUAGCAUGAAAGAAAUGUGAAGCGACAGGCGUCCCUCCCCUCCUGUUCUCUGAUUAGCUGGAGGAAGUUGAUGACAGGAGAGCAGAGCUCACUUUCAAGACCUGAGGCAGGAAGGGAAGAAUUUUGAGCUGGCGCCUUAUCUUUGCAGCUUGGUCAGUUCCCCAUGACCCUGGAGCAAAGGACAGCCUCCCACACUUGAGACCACGCGCAAAGCCUCUCCUGCGGACAUCAUGGCCAUUGUGCAGACCCUGCCUGUCUCCAUUGAGUCCGCCUCUGAAGGGGCUGCCCAGCUCCACACGAGUGCCUGCCCGUCCCCUGCAGCCAUGGGCAGUGUCAGCAGCCUAAUCUCCGGCCGGCCUUGCCACAAAGCCACGACAGAGUUUGGCCCUUUCCGCCUGCCUGGCGGGGCUGGUUCCCAAGAGCCCCUGUGCCAUGGACUUCCCACCAAGAAGAGCAGCUAUGCUUACGUAAGCGAAGAGGACUGGGCCGAAGAGGUGUCUCCCAUCAGCCCCUGUAGUGACACGGAAGACCUGCAGGAUGACAAGCCCCGAGUUGGCACCAUCCGCGGACCACCCCCCAAGUUGGUGCCUGUCUCGGGGAAACUUGAGAAGGCCAUGGAGAAGACGCUUAUCCGCCCCACGGCCUUCAAGCCAGUCAUGCCCAAGAACCGCAAUGGCCCACUGCAGGGGCACUUGGCUCUGCGUCCCGGUGCCUCCGUGCUCUCCGAGAGCCAAGCUAGUCUCGCCCAGCUCUUUGGCGGUGCCCCUGCAGGCAGCACCGAGAAGCACAACUCCCUGAGCUGCCGAACCAGCUCUCACUCGGGGACCAUGUCGGACUCGGGGCGCAACUCCCUCUCGAGCCUCCCCACCUACAGUACUGGAUGCAGCCAGCAGAUGGAGCCAGUCAGCAUCUCCAUGGGCCACAUCACCCUGGACGGCGGCAGUGGCGGCGGUUCGCGUGGCCUCACGGGGCCUUCAAACUCGGACAGUGGCCGCUCGUCGUCGAGCAAGAGCACGGGCUCUCUGAGCGGUCGGGGCCACCAUUCCUCCGACAGCGGCUCCUGCGGGGGGCGUUCGCCUGUGCACAGCGGAGCGGAUGAAGCCCUCCUCAUUCAUGAACUCGAGGAGAAGUUGCGGGAGCGUGAGGUUGAGCUGCAGCACCUGAGGGAGAGCCUGGAUGAGAAUGAGGUGGCCAUUUGCCAGGUGUACGAGGAGAAGCAGAGGCGCUGCGAGGAAGAGAUGGAAGAGCUGCGGCAGGGCUACACCGCCAAGCUCCAGCAGUCAGCGCAGAAGGCCCAGCGCAGCCAGCAGGUGCUGCAGCUCCAGAUCUUCCAGCUGCAGCAGGAGAAGAAGAAACUCCAGGAGGACUUUGCACAGCUGCUGGCCGAGCGGGAGCUGCUGGAGAAGCGCUGCGCCUCCUUUGAGCGAGAGCACACGGAGCUGGGGCCCCGCUUGGAAGAGACCAAAUGGGAGGUGUGCCAGAAGUCUGGCGAGAUCUCGCUACUGAAACAGCAGCUGAAGGAAUCGCAGGCGGAGGUGGCUCAGCGGGGCAACGAGCUGGUGCUUCUGAGGGCCCAGCUGAGGGAAGCGAGGGCUGAGCUGCAGGCUGGUGAAGAGCAGGUGCUGGGCUUGCAGGAAGUGGCCCACACAAAGUCCUUGGAGCUGGAGGUGUGUGCCAACGAGCUGGCCAGGCGCAAGAGCGAGGCGGAGCUGCUGCGCGAGAAGGUGGGGCGGCUGGAGCACGAGUUGGAGGGACUGCGCAGUGCGGGCGGGGAGCUCUGCCCCCUGUUGGCUGAGUGCGACGAGGCCAAGGCCCAGCGCCAGGCAGCCGAUACCCUGCAGGGCUUGCGCUCCCAGGCCGAACGGCUGCGCGCUGAGCUGCUGUGCGAGCGCCGGCGUGGCGAGGAGCAGCGGGAAGCUUUCCACGCCGAGCGCGUCACUUGGCAGGGGGAAAAGGACAGGGUCAUCCGCUACCAGAAGCAGCUGCAGCACAACUAUAUCCAGAUGUACCGGCACAACCGUGACUUGGAGAGCCAGCUGCGCCACCUCAGCCUCGAACUCGAGGCCCGGGACAUGGAGGAGUACGAGAUGCACGGGGGCGAAGGCAUCUGCUUCGAGGAGAUUGCCGCCACUGAGAUCUGACCGUGCCUGGCGGAAGAAGGCCUUGGUGAAUAGGCUGCGUGGCCGCAGACAAGGGAGCGUGCUCCGUCGGACGUGAGAACGGAGUGAGCUUGGGACCAGUGGUGGAGGGAGAGGUCUGCUAUACCUGAAUCCCACUGGGUAGCACUUGUUCCGUUACUUAACUUGUCUGGGGAACUCCACCACCCCCACCAGCUUAACAGAUUUCACUGCCAUUGAGAUAAGACAAGGACCAGAAGCCAGGCAGUUUCACUGGGAGGUAGAGGCUGCUAAGGAUUUUGUCAGUAUUUUCCAGACCUGCCUUCCAGACUAACCUCUAACUAAGCCUGCCUUUUGGAAUGUUGUAGCAGCAGCUCCUCUUCCUCCUCCUCCUCCAUUCUCCACCCCUCCCCAUGAGGAAGCAGCUGCCCUCUAGGUCCUAAUGCUCCUCAGCCUCCCACAAAGGUGUUGGCUGUGGUAGAAAAUGGCUACCACUGUUUUGCCUCCUGUUCUGUGGGCUGGAGAUACGGUGAAGGCAGGAAGCUCUCUCUUCUGCCACUACCUGUAUGAAGUGACCCAGCUGGCCCUCAGCCACCACCUGGCUGGAAGUUAGGCUAAGUUGGCUUUGCUAACAGCCAGCUGAUCCACUUAACUGAUGGGAAGGAAUUAGCAUCGCCUGUUUUUAGGCUGGCUGGAGAAGCAUUUUACAGGAUGCUCUUUUGACCUUUGUCUCAGUCCUGGGCUGGGUAAAGUGAAUCUUUAAAAUAAAUGGGGGGGGGGACAUACAAUCCAAAGCCACCGAGAGAACCCCAGAUGCUGUGACUCUGACAAGUUGUACAAAUUAAGCAAACUUGCACACAUGCACUUUGUUUGCAUAAUUUGUGCUGCUUACAGUAGUUGUAAAGGGCAGGUUGUUUUGUAAGGUCCACACAAACUAUUUUUUUAUAGUCAUAAGGACAGCAAUAAUAAGAAUGAUAAAUAGCGGUAAGACCCAACAUUGAUUCUCAGGAUGCUGAAUUCUGGUCCCACAUUUAUUGCUUAUUUCAGUGCUAAAGAACGUUCAGAAGAGCUCUGCUGGGUUAGACCAAAGGCCAAUAUUAUGUUUCCACAGUGGCCAACCUAAGGGAAGCUCACAAGCAGUGUAUGAGCCUAGCAGCCCUUCCCUGCAGUUUACCCACACACACCUCAAAAAAAGCUGGUAUUUGGUGUCAAACUGCUUCUGAUGUAUGGAAGUAGCAUCUAGCAAAUGUGACUGGUAGCCAUUUUGUGGAAUUACAGAAGAUAUGCAGGCCUAGCCUGAUCUCACCCAAGGCAUUGUGGGAAGACACUGUGCUAGGCUUGCUGAGGAAAAGUAGUCUCCCUCUGUGCUGUGGAAACAGGAGCCCCCCCCCAGCACCUCCCCAAGAAGACUAAAAGGCCAAAGCUUCUCAGGCAUUUGCAUUGGUUGCCUGAUGCCCUGUCACAGGCCCACCUUAAGGGGACCAGGACAGCCAACGUAUCACAGUUUAUAGAUGAUGUCAUCUGCAUUCCUGCCCCACCUUCACUUCCAUGAUGAGUCCGGUCAUGGAAAAUUGGCAGGGUAUAAGUAAAUAUAUAUUAACAAUGAUGCCCAAGUUAUUUUUAUAGGACAUUUCCAGAUAUUUGAAUUCCUCUUGUUGUAAGCUGGGGAUGUCUUCUUCUCCAUACAAGACCAGGGUCUGCCCAUUUGCUUGGGGAUGCUGAGUCUUGUACCAGGGCUCUGAGUUACUUGCCAGUCCCACUCCUCCCUCCCCCCCCCGGGGGGGACCCUGCUGCAUGGGGACCUGGGAUGUCCUUCCACCCCACCCCCAAUUGCCUUUGUCGCUCCUGGUUGAGCUCUGAUUUGAGAGUGCCUUUUGUUUGGGCCUUGCUGCCUGGGUCUCCCCCCCACCCCCGCCUGCCCUCCUCCAGCUUGUGCUUUUCUGCCCAGCUGUAUCCACUCCCUGCAGGCUCCAUAAGCUGCUUGAGGGCCCAGUGGUACUGCCUUUGAGCCUGCCUGCAGCACCGUCCUCAUGAUACCCCCAUUGCUUUCCUUUCAGGCCUGGCUGGCAGAGUGCCCUACUGGCUACUGUUUCUCAUGGAUGAUGUGGGUAGGCCAUCAUUUGCAAACCUAAUGUCCUUCUGAUAUUUUGGACUACAGCUCCCAUCAGCCUCGGCCGGCACACUGGCUAGGACUGUUGGGAGUUGUAGUCCAAAAUAUCUGGAGGACACCAGGUUAGCGAAGGAUGGGGUCAGUUGAUGGACAGCGUCCCUUGACUGUUCCCAGAUGCCUGCAUGCUCCAGGUGUCUCAGUUCCAUUCCACCUCAUGGCUUCUAACCAAAUGUGAUUCAGUUUGAAUCCUAUUUUUCUUUAAUGCCUGGUUCCUGUUUUCAGUCCAGCCUUCCUUUUUGAUCUUGUAGUACCCAGCUGUCCACUUUCUGUUGCAAGUAGCUUGGAGGCAAUUGAACACCAGAGUUCCUCCAUCCAGUGCCCUCAAGCCCACACAUCUUUAAAAAUCUGUACUCAAGCUGCUUUUGGAAGUGAGGAAAAAGCCCGGCCCAAAUGCCCACCCUCUACUCUCACAUCCAAAUAGCCUAGGACCUUUUCUGCAGAUGGGCUCUUCAGAGAGCAGCAUCUCCACUUGCGGAGAGCGAUGCCCUCCAUACCUGCUGUGGAAACCCUCCCUGAUAAACUAAGCUUUAUGCUGCCCACUAGCUUCCUGGAGGUAAAGUGUUUAUAAAAAGAACUUCAUUGCAAAUACCCUGCAAUAUUUGCCCAGGAGCAAAAAAGGUCAGUGAAGCAGGGUCUUGUCUUCUGGGGUGCGGAAAAGUAAUUUCCAGAGGAGCUUGUCUGGGAGUGGCUGAAUAUCCUGUAAAGGAGAAAAGCUCUCUCUGGUGGAGAGAUGUAGCCAGGCUGACUACAUAUCCCUGGGGUUAACAGGGUAUAGCUGAACAAGGAGGACUAGGAACAGGAAUGAGUUAUCAUUUCAGCCAAUGCAGGAAGAACCAGAUGGCAGAGCAAACAUGGCUCUGAUAACCACAGUGGCUCACCACCUUCUCCUUCACCACCCUGAGUUCUCCUUUGUGCAGCUAGUGCUUGAUGUGCCCAUCCUGCCAAGCUGGUCAGAUGUUCUUAGCCCCGUCCCUCUGGCUGUGCAAGCGCUGAGCAGAGAAGCCUUUCCUUGAGUGACUUGUGACCAGAGUGCAGCCAAAGCCCAGCCUAGUUCAGCACCCUGCUCAAGCCGCUUUGGAAAUAACAGCCCCAUUGCUAGAGGAGGGACUGCCUGAUAUCUGCCAGCCUGGUCUAGCCUUAGCUCCAGUUCCUCCUGUUUAUCCGCAUGCAAGAAAACGAAAGAGCACACGCAAGAAUUUGGGGAGGACGCAUUCCAGCUCUGUAUGAUACUUUGGAUUGUUUGCAGAAGGGAGUUUAUGGCUUCCACGUUCACUUGGGAGAUUGUUGUGCAUUCCAAGAGAACAAGCCAUCUCCGCCCACUUCCACCCCUGGUCAUUCUUAACUCUCCUGCCCAUAGUUAUGGGAGUGCACGAGAUUGGCGCCAGGGACACACAACACUAGACCAAAGGAAAAAGCUUGGUGCAUGUUAUUUCUGUGACUGUUGCUUACCUGAUCCCUCUCUUCCCCUCCCUUUUUUUAGCACCACUUUGUGUUUUACCUUUUUUUUUUACUUUUAUUUCUGAAAUUGUAUAUUUUCCAAGCUGUGUAAAUUUCUUGUACAAACCAAAAGAAAAGUGUGAAUUAAAAAAAGAAGAAGACGACAAA